AUGAGUUACCAGUCCAAUCAUUUAAAACGAUUGCAACAUCCAGUUAAUUCAUCAGAUAAACAUCACUGUCCAUCGCUUGACCCCACAACUGUACACGAGGAAUGUGACAAUCUUUUUGAAACACUCAGUAGACCAGUAGCACAUCAUGCACGGCGCGGUGGUGGUGGUAGAAACGUGGGCAAUCGUUCCUGGAAUCCAUUGGUAUUCUUACGCAAACGCACAAUUCAUUAUGAUUUAGCCGAAAGUUUUAUGGAUCAUUCUACCAAUCCAUUAUCAUCACAGCUGUAUAAAUAUCGCUUUAAACAUUCAACGAAGCCAUGGCCCAACGGACGUUUCACAAAUUAUACAGAAAAACUUGAUAAAAAGGACGGAAAUCUGACUGAUAUUUUAUGUGUUAGAACAUUUCCAAUCGUGGCCAAACGAAAGAAAACACCAGUCGAACCGACAACAACGAACGCACAUUCAUCCAUUAGCUUAGUCAAUCCGGUUGUUCAAGAGCAACGGAAGAAACUUUGCAACGAACAAAAUAAUCUGUACGCUGAUAUCUUCCGAAAUGGCAAAACAUCUCAGAUUUCCAAUACUAAUCUCGUGAAUCAAUCGUAUUGUAUCAAUUGGACUUGUUAUUUACAUCAUCAUAUUUUGACAAUAUUUACUGUUAUCUCCACAUUCGUCAAUCAAUUUUUCUUCAUUAUCAUCACUUGUUUUUCGUCGUACCUUCUUCGUCGUAAAAAGCAAGAAAAAGAAACACAACAACACCGUAUUUUCCAUGUGUGA